UCGGCAUCUCUUCUAGACCAUUUUCCCCUCCACUUAUUUGGGUUUCAUUCAGCAAGCUGCGCUGCGCUGCAUCCUACAGUUUUGUAGUAGAUUGGUUUGCGUCCCGUGUGCUUCUUAGCUCUCUCUCAAGUUGGUUUGGCAUCUUUCUCGAAAUCUGACCGUUCGAUCGAUAACUCGUUUCACUAAUGAGCCAUUUCUCUCCUCCGUCCCCCGGUAUGAUUUCCACGCCGAUGUGUUUCUCUCUCCAGAGAGAGUGUGUGUUACGUUUAGUCUCAUUAAAGUCAAAAAACCACAAGACCUUAGGGCUUAGCACAUUUUUCAAGUUUUCCCAGCAACACCACACCGGUUUCCGGUUACGGGAAAAAUACGUGUUUAUAAUCCACUGUGUCAUCAUCAAUACGAGUAAGUCUCGCUGGACCGUUGAGGCUGUCAGGCUGACUACAGGCUGGCUACAACAAAACAGAGUUUCCUGCCAUUCGGUUUUUGAUGUUGUUGAUGCGAUGGUAAAACCACCGGAGCUGGAACGAAAGUCUCCGUCCAUUCGCAACAGCUAUCUUUCGUAUUAUAUUAGUACUUACCGUCUCGGAAAUGUAGACAGACGGUACCUUGGCCAGAGAGCGCGUGUGAUUUCAGAGUUUUUAUGCGUUGUUUCAUCGGGUGUUCCCGGUACACACUAGCCGCUCAGCUAGGUGCUAGGUGCCAGGUACCGCUAGUGCUCAAGGCCACUGCCCACCCGUUCCUACCGGGGGACCAGUCGUUUUGGGACCAAAAUGCAAAAAAAAACGUGAUGUUAAUAAAGAAUCAUUUGAUAAUAUACAGUGCACGUGAAAAAAAAAAGACAAAAUACAGCUAA